CCAACAUCGGUUGUGCUUUUUGUGUGGACACAGAUUGGUGGACGAGCGCAAAACGAUGAUAUUAUUGCUUUUAAUGCCCUCAACGAAGCGUAUAAGUUUCCAUCAGGAUCGCUCAUGUUCGUUAUCAGUAAUAUACCACCCAAACGUUCAUCAACCAUCAUCAUGCAUCCUUGCAACGCAAACAUGCUGAUAUUAUUCUAGAAUCCGAUCAGCUCAAGAAAAUGCAAGAACUACUCAAGGAACAACAAUGGGAGGCUGAAAAAGCACGGGAAGCUUUUCGAAAUCAGAUCCAGAAAAUGACGAAAGAAAACCGGAUUGCGAAGGAACAGGAGGAGAAGCAAUUUCAUUUAAUGCAAGCCGAACUCGAAGGUGUAAGAAUGAAUGCUGAAAAAGAGCGAGCAGCUCAAGCGGAGGAGCGACGAAAGUUGGGAAAACAACAGCGAGAACAAUAUAUGCAACAGCUGGCAGCUGAAGCCGAGGAGCGACAACAAAAAGGGGAUAUUUCUGUUCGUCUUGCUACUGAUGUUGUUGCUGCUCCUGUUUCUACUGUUGUUGGUGCUGCUCGUGGUACUGUUACUGGUGUUAAAACUAUUGUUGAUCCUUUAAGUGAAUUUAUUGACGAUUCUGAUAAUAAUGCUAUUCUUCGUGUUGCAGCUGUUCCUGUUGCUGUUGUUGGUGGUGCCGUUGGCGGUGCUGUUGGAGCUGGAGCUGGUACUGUUGAGGGUACUGUUACUGGUAUCGAUCGCAUUUUUGAUGAUUAUCAUCAUCGUUCAGCAAUGGCAAGUGAAGCAAUGGAUGUACAACAACAACCACCACAAUGUCAACUGCCCGAUAUCAAUGAAUUGUUAUCCGAUCUGAUGGAUCAAUUUGGUGCCAGCGACGAAGACCGUGAUGAUGGUUACCUGCCUGAUCUGGAUAUUCUGCUUCAUCUUCGACGUCAACAAGAAGAUGCGCACGACGAGGAUCGAGAAUUGAUUAGCGAUCAUUACUGUUCUCGCUGUUAUUUUUCCAGUUUUUGA